CAGUCCCCUUUUGCUUUCUUUUACGACCACAUGAAACUUGAGAAGCCAUCUAAAGCUAAAUCAUUUAGUGGAGUUGGGCAAUUCCCAAGUGUCCAACAAGAAGGCCUGGUUUAGGCUGCGAUGGCCACUGUCAUUCCUGGUGAUUUGUCAGAAGUAAGAGAUACCCAGAAAGUCCCUUCAGGGAAACGUAAGCGUGGUGAAACCAAACCAAGAAAAAACUUUCCUUGCCAACUGUGUGACAAGGCCUUUAACAGUGUUGAGAAAUUAAAGGUUCACUCAUACUCUCACACAGGAGAGAGGCCCUACAAGUGCACACAACAAGACUGCACCAAGGCCUUUGUUUCUAAGUACAAAUUACUAAGGCAUAUGGCUACUCAUUCUCCUGAGAAAACCCACAAGUGUAAUUAUUGUGAGAAAAUGUUUCACCGAAAAGAUCACCUAAAGAAUCACCUACAUACACACAAUCCCAACAAAGAGGCCUUUAAGUGUGAAGAAUGUGGAAAGAACUACAAUACCAAGCUUGGGUUCAAACGUCACCUGGCUUUGCAUGCUGCAACAAGCGGUGACCUCACCUGUAAGGUAUGUUUGCAGACUUUUGAAAGCACAGGAGUGCUGCUGGAGCACCUAAAAACUCACGCAGGCAAGUCAUCGGGUGGAGUGAAGGAGAAAAAACACCAGUGUGAACACUGUGAUCGUCGGUUCUACACCCGAAAGGAUGUCCGUAGACACAUGGUAGUGCACACUGGAAGAAAGGACUUCCUCUGUCAGUACUGUGCACAGAGAUUUGGGCGGAAGGAUCACCUCACGCGCCACAUGAAGAAAAGUCACAACCAAGAACUUUUGAAGGUCAAAACAGAGCCAAUGGACCUUUUAGAUCCCUUUACCUGCAAUGUUUCUGUGCCUAUUAAGGAUGAGCUGCUUCCAGUGAUGUCUUUACCUUCCAGUGAACUGACAUCAAAGCCAUUUACAAACACUUUGCAAUUAAAUCUCUACAACACUCAGAUUCAGUCCAUGCAGAGUUCUGCAUCUGCACACCAAAUGGUUGCCACAUCGUUACCAUUGGGAAUGCCUUGUCCAAUAGAUAUGGAGUCUGUCCACCCUUCUCACCAGCUAUCGUUGAAAUAUCCGCUCGGUACUACCUCAUACGCAAUUUCUAUGCCUGAAAAAGAACAGCCAUUGAAAGGGGAAAUCGAAAGUUACUUAAUGGAGUUGCAAAGUGGUAUGCCUUCUUCAUCCCAGGAUUCUCAAGCAUCUUCAUCAAAACUAGGGCUGGAUCCACAAGUAGGGCCACUAGAUGAUGGGUCUGGGGAGGUUUCCCUUUCCAAGGGUUCCGUUCCUAUUAGCGAACCUCUAAACACCCCGUCAUUGGACUUUUCUCAGCUGUUCAACUUCAUACCUGUAAAUGGCCCUCCCUAUAAUCCUUCUGUUUCAGUGGGAAACCUUGGAAUGAGUUACACGCAAGAGGAGGCACAUUCUUCUAUGACUCAACUUCCACCACAAACCCAGGAUCCACAAGAUCCUAGCAAUAGUAUAGGUCUUGGGUCUCUGCACUCAUUGUCAGCAGCUUUCACGAGCAGUCUAAGCACAACCACCACCCUACCACGAUUUCAUCAAGCUUUCCAAUAGGAUGUACAAAGCUGGCUUGUUACUGUCUAUUUGUAGAAAUGCCUUAGGUGACCAUUUUUAACUUAGUGCCUACUAUAAGACAUUAUAAAUUCUCUGCUUUUGUACAGUACCAAUCUCAUGAAGCCAGUAAGAAAUUUAAAUUAACUUUUUAAAAAUGUUUUGAAAGUGUUUAUUCUCAGCUGUGUUUACUUUGUUCUUUUUUUUUAAAAAGUCUCAUUGUAUUGUUUUCAUUUUCACUGCCAAUUGACACAUUUAAAAUGUUCAGUAGAAAGUCAUCCCAAGCAAACUCUCAACACUCAUCCCUUUUUUAAAACUUUUGCAACCAUACCAGCUAUUCUGUUCUAUUGAUGUCAGUGGUAGAACUACCAAUUUUACCUUUUAAUACAUUUUAGUAUUUGCAAAGAAUCCGAUUAAAAUAUGUAUCACAAAGGUUCCUGAAGAUUUGGGAAAAAAAUUCUCCAGUCCCUUUCCAAACAAAUCCUCUUCCCAAAUGGUGACACAUCUGAUCUGUUCUAUAAUGACAAAUCUAGAUUUUUUAAAAUAAAUAUAGAGUUCAGAUUUUUCUGAAAACUUGUGUGUGUAUAUAUAGAAGUCCAUAUAUACACAUGUACAUAUAUAUAGCAUUUUGACUUGUAUUGAAGUCAUUAUAAAAGGUGUUAAGAAUUUUGCCAUUUUCUGGCGUAAAUUUUUGUGGCCUGUUAUGG